UUGUCUCCUCUCUCUCUCCCAGGGUUUUUCUCUCUCUUUAUAACCUCUUUUUGGGAUCGCGUUCUCUCCAUCGACGAACAAGGAUAUGGCGAGACGAUCCGGGAAGAAGAACGUCGCUUCAUUCUUUCGCAGAAAGCUCAAAGCUUCCAGGAGAACAAAGCUUCAGCCGGUAGUAACUCCGUUACCUCUUCUCGUGGUGCCGGAGACGGCGAGCACGUCUGCGGGAGCCAAGGGAGCGAAGAAAAAGGCGGGUUCCCGACUCUGGAUGCUGUUCGAUCGGUCGGGGAAAUCGGAGAUCAUUGAACUUGAUAAAAGCUCGAUUAUGCGGCGUGCGUCCAUCCCUGCUCGUGAUCUCAGGAUUCUCGGCCCAUUAUUCGCUCACUCAUCUCGUAUCAUCGUCAGGGAGAAGGCUAUGGUUGUUAAUUUAGAGUUUAUAAAGGUUAUAAUUACUGCUGAUGAAGUGCUGCUGUUGAAUCCCUUGUGUAAUGAAGUUCUCCCUUUUGUGGAUCAACUUAGACGACAAAUUUUUCUUAACCCUCCAUCAAAGUUACAUGAGAUUCGCAACGCAGAUGAAUCCGGCAAAAACUUGUCCUCAACCGCAGGACAACGGUUGCACAAUGAGAAUGAUGAAGAUGAACUUGUGCUCCCAUUUGAGUUGCAGGUGCUGGAUGUUGCACUGGGAAUUGUGUGCACCUCUUUAGAAUCUAGUGUUACUGAUCUGGUAAGAAAUUUAUAUCUUGCAUUGGAUGAGCUGACCAAGCAUGUAAGCAACAAGAAUCUUGAACGUGUUCGAAGCUUAAAAAGUAACCUUACUCGUCUGCUUUCUCGUGUUCAAAAGGUUAGAGAUGAAAUUGAGCAUCUAUUGGAUAAUAACGAAGAUAUGCCCCAGUUUUAUCUGACAAGAAAGCAAAUGCAGAGUCAUCAACUUGAAGCAGCAUUGGCCGCUGCAACUUCAAUCAGCACAGUUCCUGCUCCACAAUAUGUAAGGUUAAACUCUCAAGCUGGAGGCAGCUCAAGCUCUGUUAGUUUUCCUUUAGAUGAGAACAAUGUGGAGGAUUUAGAAAUGAUGUUUGAGGCUUCCUUCAUGCAAUUGGAGGGGACCCGUAAUAAAAUCUUGGCGAUGAGGGAAUACAUUGAUGACACAGAACAUUAUGUGAAUUUUCAGCUGGAUAAUCAAAGAAAUGAACUGAUUAAACUUCAGCUGUUUUUGGGCAUCUUCUCAUUCGCAAUGGGAGUCGACUCGAUGAUAGCCGGACUAUUUGGUAUGAACAUUCCGUGCUCAUUGUACAACAUCGACAACCUGUUCACCUCAUUCGUCAUCGGAUCAACAGCAGUUUCUUUCCUCAUCUUCUUGCUCCUGCUGCUAUAUGCUAGAUGGAAGAAGCUGCUUGGUUCCUAAAGGAACUUGCUUCUUGCUUUUGUUUGUUCAUUGCAAAAUCCUUGACCAAGAUUCAUUAUUUUUGGGGAGUGUUUACAUACAUAUCACACAAGUAUUAUGUAUUUACAUAUAUAACAUCUAAACAUUGAUA